CCAAAUCCUUACUCAAAAUGCUCCACGGCAGCUUGAAUCUCAGAAACGUACCCAGAAAUAAGCCCCAAAGGAGAUGAGGAGACCUAUAGACCCCAUUGUGGAAAUGUGAUGUCAAUGUGAAAGGGUUCAUAGUCAUGACUUCAUCCCUCCGAACUAACUUGACCCCUGCGGCUCAAGCCUGCCCUCCCAACCUAACUUUUGCUCUUGACAGCACUUAACAACUCGGUGCAGCUUGCUGAACAAGUACCCAAACAAUUGCAGUCUCUAGAGCGCUAAACAUGUCUACCUCGCCCGUUUCCAUCGGUCUCUCCGGUGUACGCCCCGUUCUCUCGGUGACCGGUGCCUUUGCCGUCCCCUUCACAGCCUACUUCCUCCUCCUGUCCGGGCGGGUCGUUCAAUGCCGGCUCCGAGACCAGACCCUCUUGGGGCAUGGCGGAGCACCGUCAUCUAAACGAACCGGCGCAGACGACGACGGACCGGAAAGUCUCCUCGUCGCCGCCCGCAGCCACGCCAACUUCGUCGAGUAUGUGCCGUGGGCGUUCGUCCUGUCCACGAUCGUGGAGCUGAACGGCGGGGACAAGCGCAUCUUGGGUGCGGGGUUGGGGUCUCUGCUUGCCUUCCGCGUCUUGCAUACCGAGUUUGGGUUGAGGCGGCCGGGGGCGGCUGGGACUGGCCGCCAGGUUGGGUUCUUCGGCACUGUUGGAGCCCUUGGCUUCUUUGCGGGCUACAUUACGUGGUUGGUGAGGGAGGACUGGGGCUUCUAGGUUGUCAGUCCUGGGAAAGUAGGCCAAGUGACCUUGCAUGCCAUGGCAGGAGAACCAAGUAGAACAAAUGUGUGCCAGUCUCGGGAGAUAUCGUGUCAUCAUUGUAUCUAUUACAGAGGUCUGCUAAUCCGAGCAGAUGACCUAGAGCAAAAUCCGGUCCUUAAUCUGAUGUCCUCUCUCCCUUACCAUGUCUGAUAGCAAGAAUUCUGAGCAAAGUCUGGUGCGGUAAGGGAAAGGCCCCCUAAUAACAUGUAAUCAACAGCUUGCCAUAGAUGGCAAGAACAGCCAGCAAGCAAAUCAUCCAGAGCUUCCGAUGCCAUCGAAGCAUGGGCAUACAUCUGGG